AUGGCUAUAAUUUUACCUCUAAGAUUGAAAUAUCCGGAGUUCAAGACGCUAGCACUAGUUUCUACUGUGUUGGGCACUUGGGGUUUGUCGGCACUUCAAACGGUUUUUACUUUUAAUCAUAGUACGUUUUUUACAUUUGUAAACUUGAGAAAUUACCGUAGCUGAGAAAUAUGCUUAAAAUACCAACUGCAGUAGUUAAGUUUUAUAGAGAGUUAGCCACUUGCAAUAACUUUCUUUACUACACAUAUAAUUUUCAGUAGGCAAAACAUAUCGUAUGGUCGGUUUGUGCUACGGUAGUGCAUCAGUCAUAAGUAUGUUCGUAUUUCAACAUUUGCAAAAUGUAAACCGCAACGCAUACAAUGGUCAUGUUGGACAUGUAAGGUUUAAAACAAAGGUAAGUUUUUGAAGCCAUCGAUACCUUUCCUUAGGAAAAAUAUUUUUUUUAUUUGCCAAAGAUCCUCUCUAUAGAAAAUUGCAAAAAAUUUGAAAAAACCAGUAAAAAGUUGAUCUCUAUCUGCUAGAACUAUAGUUACCUCCUCUCCUACGAUUUUACAAAUUAAGUAAAAUUUCAGAUGUCAAUUAGAGUACGCGGGAUCAGAAUCCUAUCAAAAUUAAACAAAAUUGUGGCAUUUCGAGUUGUGGUUUCAACCAUUGCUCUCUACUUUUCUGUUAUAUUUUUUCCAUCACGGUAAGUACUUAUUUGGCAUGUGAAAUGACUUCAUCACCAAAAUUUAUCAUCUUCAUGUUCACUCGUAUAUUGAGUUGUUCAAAUAAUUACGUACUCCUUCACCCCUAAAAUUUGCAUUGAGUAGGGCGCAAAAUUAUUGGAACAACCUAAUAUUAACCAAAGUUGACUUAAAAAGCUCAUUCGUAUUUGAACAGUGUAAUAUAUUGAUUAUAUCUUCAAAAACUAACUUAUUUUUCAAAAUUGUCAUUUUCAGCUGUCGAUUAGAUAUCAGUGUGAUAAUAAAUCAAGUUCAUGACACAACAUUCGAGCUAAUCGAAGGAUUACUGCCUAUUUACAUUUGGAAAACUGAAGAUAUUCAAACUCGGCUUUUGUAAGUUUUUUAAAAUAAAUAUUGAAAAGGCUUAUGAACUGUUUUAAAAUUCAAAACUAACAUUAUAUUCAUUUAUUUAAAGUUUUUUUAAAACUUUGUGCGUGUUAACUAUAUACCUAUAUACGUAGUAUGUAUACAUUACUAAAAGUACACCCUUUCAGUUUGAGAAAGAAAACCCAGAUAGCAACGAUUCAUAACGUUUGGGGUCAGACCUUGAACAUCAACAAGAAGCAUGGCCAUCAGUACUUUGAACAACUUCAAAAACAAUGGGACAACGUUUUGACUGAUAGUUAUCGUGUAAGAGAGACAUAUACAAAGUACAAAUAA